AUGGCUUCAGAUCAAGAGGAGGACGAGUUCCUCGGUUUUUCCGAUGAUGAAGGAGACGGCACGAACUCUGAUUCAGAUUAUGAUGAUGAUGAGGCAACCCAAAAUGCUGAAAGUGAAGUAAAUGCUCAUCAAAUAGGGGACUUUGAGCAAAAUCAACAAUUGCCAGAUCUUAAUGAAGUGGGACAAGAAUAUGCACAAGAAUGUGAAGUGGGACCACAGCAUACAUCUGGUAUAUCAGAUAACCACUCAGUUCCAUUUUUGUUUGAUUUGAACAUGCCAACACAACAAGAGUUCCCACCAUCUCCAAUUCAUCAAACAGAAACAGAUCAAAAUCAUCAUAAGCCUAGAACCCCAAGGAUUAACAACGAAUUAAGGUUGGAAAUCUUGUUGUUCCUUCUCUUAAGAAAAGAAAAGCAUUCAGAUGAACUCAUUCAUGGGACAAAUAGACAGGCUGUUAUAAUGUUUGGUUACACAAGGAAGACAAUUAGACUAAUAUGGCAGAGAGCAUUGGCACAUAAGGCAACCAUGGAUUCGUAUUUCUAUGAUAGCAAAUAUCACAACUGUGGGAGGAAGAGAAUUCAAGUAACAUAUGAGUCUAUAGCCUCCAUAGGCAUGGGGGAUAGAACAACCAUUAUUGAUCUAGCAAGGAUGCUCAAUUUGAGUCCCACAACAGUUUGGAGAAUGGUGAAAAGAAAACAGAUAAAACCACAUUCAAGUCCCUUGAAUCCAGGCAUUUCAGAAGAAUGCAAGAUGGCAAGGAUGAAGUGGGUACUUGGUCUCUUAAUGGACUACUCAAUACCAAAUGAUCCCACAUAUUACAGCAUGUAUGAUUUCAUUCACAUCGAUGAGAAAUGGUUCUAUCUUACACAAAAAAGUCAAAGAGUUUAUUUAGCAAACAAUGAACCAUUUCCACACAGGAAGGGAAAAUCAAGAACUAAGAUUCCAAAGUUCAUGUUUAUGGCAGCAGUAGCAAGGCCAAGGUGGGGACAAGAUGGGCAGUUGGCAGCAAAGAGAACAUCCAAAAACAGAGUGAAGGGGACAAUUGAGACUAAACCAAUCAAGUCAGUGAAUCAGAUUGCAACUAGGGCCAUGCUAAUCAACUACCUAAUCCCAGCAAUUAAAGAUAAAUGGCCACCACAUGAGGGGGAAAAGGUGAUAUACAUCAUUCAAGACAAUGCAAAGGCACACAUUUUGCAAAAUGAUCAAGAAUGGCAGCAACAUUACAAGCAAGAUGGCUUUACAUUGAUAUUGACUCAGCAGCCAACAAACAGUCCAGAUUGUAACAUACUAGGCUUGGGGUUCUUUAGGUCAAUUCAAUCACUAAUGCACAAAAAGAUGCCUAAAACAGUUGAAGAUUUAAGUGGUGCUGUGACUGAGGCAUAUAAUGAACUGCAUGCAAAGACUCUAUCUAAUGUGUGGAUGUCACUUCAAUAUGUUGGAAAUGAAAUUUUGAAACACAAGGGGGACAACAACUACCAACUUCCACACAACAAGAAAAAGAUUUUAGAAGAUGAGGGGAAUCUGCCAGAACAAGUUAAGGCCCCAAGGUGGGCUGUGAAUGAAUGCAAACAACUUGUUGAUGAAUGGAGAGCAAAUCAGUGA